AAAGGCUCAAUUUGCAUGAGUCGUGGUUCACAUUGCAUGCAUUCAUGAUCAUCCCACGAAUCAACUUUCUACAGCUCAAUCACAGCCAAUUUCCCCCUUGACUAUAACUGCUGGGGUAGUUUUCCUAUUAGAGAGAUCUAGGUUAGAGUCCUGACAGGCAGCUGUUGUCUCGGGACCAUCCGAACUGGCCAAAAAGCCGCUUAGGCGCAUAUACCCUCACCAAAGAAUGAAGCUGGGAGUCUCUAUCUUUAAUUGAGAGAGGCACGCGCCUGCUCGAGAUGCUUGCAUCUAUGCGAUGGACCUGGUAGAUUCUGACUCUCCUUCAGCGCAGUCAAAUCUCAUUAGCUAAGGUCUCGUCACCGAGUAACUUAUGACCAUGGCUCAACUCGAAACGCUACCCACUGAGAUUGUGUUGGACAUCCUUUCUUGCAUCCGUGGUCCCCGUGGAGUGAGAACACUACUGAAUCUCUGCUUAACAUCGAGACGACUGCGGGAUAUUACACAACCUUUGCUUUUCAAUGUGUUGUACAAGUAUGUCUUCGAUUAUGACAAAGAGGUAUAUGUGAAGCGAGCGAGCCGCAUUGGUCCCCUUCUCGCCUUCGCUAGGACCCUCGCCUUGCGACCUGACCUGGGUGAACGAUUACUUCACCUCUGCGUCAAUGCGAAUCACAGCCCUUCAGACUCGUCCGGCCAAUGGCCAGCAGCAGCUAGGAACGAAACCAUCGGAGUGUUGAACGGCAUCAUCCACCAGAUGCAGAUUCCCUGCAAGCUCGACUAUGUGACUGCCAUCAACGGUGCAAGAAUAAAUCCGCUGAUUGUGAUCAUCGUUGCUCUAGCCCCGAAUCUUGAGAAUAUAGAUAUCGUGAGCGGCCGCGAAGGUCUAAGCUGCUUGAGGCCACUUUACCUACCCGGGCCCGAUGGUAAACCUCCAUACCUGUCUAGUUUAAAGUCUCUUCACCUGAAGGAUAAGUACAAAAUGCGACAUCCGACUAUGCCGGAAGUGGUCGACUUGAUGUGCUUGCCUAGCUUGAAGGAAUUCUCGUUAACAUUCUGCGAUGGCAAUGGCUCUGGGUGUCCAAACUUUGAGCUUCCACCUGGUUCUUUCAAAUUUUCCGAGCUACAUCUCAUCAGAGCUUCAUUGGAUGCAACACGACUAACAAAUAUCAUGCGAGCGUGCGAUCAUCUCGAGGUCCUCAUAUACGAAUCAACGGUACCCUGGGAUGCCCGGAGGCAGGUCUGUCAGUUCCCAGCCCGGGCGCUACUUCCCUGUCUGGAGCCUCAACGGCAGAAUAUCAAGUCGCUGCGCGUCGACCUGGAUGUGGCCAACCCCAUAGGUAUCCCAAACUGGCAUCGUUGCCCGCAGUACGGAAGUUUCCGGGCAUUCGAGAACCUCAAGCACUUGGAGGUGGAGCAAGGCAUACUACAUGAUUUUGGCAAUCUGCCAUCGAAUAUUGAGACUGUCACAGUUAUCGCUUGCGACUAUCCAGUCUAUGAGAUGAUGGCCGGCUUAGUCGAAUAUUGCAAAUUCGACUUUGCAUGUCUACGGCAAGUUUCUCUAAGGCCCAAAUUUCCGCCUGCGAGCGGCUUGCUCGGUAUUCCUGGCGCGUACUCCUCCAGCGAUCUUGACUAUGAUGAUUGGUUUCGAGAGCACUAUAGAGUUGGGUGCGCGGCUUUGAGUUUCAUUGUCGAUGAUGUCCCAUUUGAAUUCGAGGUCGAGUGCGAUGGGUGGGAGAUGUAUCAAAACGGCGAAUUGUGAACUACCCACCGAUGGCGAAUCCAAGAGACGAGUGUCGAAAGGGAUUCAAGUGGACCGAGUAUCUCUGUUUAGUAUGAUUGAUACCAUGCUGGACAUUUAUUUAUGAAUGUCUAUCCCACAAUGUUUCAAGAUAAGCUGUUCCGUUCAACGAGAAUGCUUCAGAGUGUGUCCUCCAGUAGGUGAAAUGUACGGGUUCUA